AUGGACCAGAUAGAGACAUACGUGGACAGCGCGGGGGUGACGAGGGUGAGGCACAAGGAGAUCGUGCUGCCAAUCCGCGUCGGGACGGUUUCGUGGCAUAUGGGGAAGAAGGCGUCGGACUUCGCGACGCAUAGAUGGACGGUCUACUUGAGGCACGCGGACAACGAGGACUGCAGUCAUAUCAUCAAGCAGGUCACCUUCCAGCUCCAUGCCUCCUUCGCUAACUCCAAACGCGACGUGUUCUCGCCGCCGUACGAGGUGAGCGAGACCGGCUGGGGCGAGUUCACCAUCCAGACACAGGUCUUCUUCGUCGACGAGGCCAAGUGCGCUCCGGUCGAGAUCACCCACGGCCUCAAACUGUACGGCGACGACCCAAACAAUCCGAAGAAGGCGGUGGCGUCGGAGACGCACGAGGAGAUCGUGAUCGUGGAGCCGUCCGAGGCGCUGUGGCAGCGCGUGCAGGCGGUGGUGGAGCAGGGCGGGGCGCCCAAGGUGCCCGCGACGGAGGUGCUGGAGUACGUGCAGCCUGCGGGGGCCGACGAGGAGCUGGCCGACAUCAUGCGCGCGCGGCAGAAGGUCGCGCUCUGGAUGGCGCGCAUGCAGGCGUGA